UGUCACUGUCACCGCGACAGCUUAGAAAAUGGUCAUUAAUUUCACGUGUUGCUUUGCUUGAUAAAUGCAAAACACGCGGCCGGCUAUCGCUGUUAUUUCUAAAUAAGCAAUUUUUUGUUAUAAAUCCAUUAUUUUUUGUUUUGCGGAAUGACAAAAUGUCGGUGUGCAAUAUGUUGAUGGCACUCAAAGCGGUAGGGGCUGAAACAAAGACCGCAGAAUUAAGUAAAGCAUGUGAAGAUCUUCAGACCUCAAUUGAUUCCAACACUUUUGACAUCAAAAAUGCUGUUACUAUACUUUCCGAAUUCAUUCUUAAAAUUGAAGAUGCAAAAUUGUUCAAGAAAUACCUAUCAAAUAUUCUUCUGGCACUGGUUUCAACUAAAAUACAGUUGAAACCAGUAUUUUCUUCUACAAACUAUGAUGCAUGUAGUGACGCUGAAAAGACCAGUCAUUUGGAGUAUUCAAUCAUACUUGCUGCAUUGAGCGACCAUCCAGAUAUUUUACAAUAUGCAUUGAAAUACUUCGAAGUGAAUCCAGUAGCACCAUUCACUGUAUAUGUCCAUCAUGAGGAUUCUUAUAACGUCGCCCCAAAGAAACGCAGACUUCUAGAUUGCGGGCAGAAAAUCACUGAAAGACAGAUAGUAACAUGCUGCUAUACAUUGCUUAGCAAGUUGCCUAAUGAACUUUCUGCUAAAUGGGAUUGGACCAGGUUUAUCGGAACAUAUGGAAAUAAUGGAAUGGCAGAUGUGAGAUGGAUGAUAAAAGAAUGCAUGGCCAUCCUAACAAAUAUGACAGACUAUCAAGCAAUGAUGAUUGCUGUAAAACUGCUUAUACAUGAGCAAGAAACCCAUGAACAUAUAGAAAAGAAUAAGAAGGACCCCGUUAUCCCUAUGAGCGAAGUGAUCAAGGACGACUUGGGGCCUAAUGUUGUGAAUAUCGAUGGUAUACUGCUGCCUGUGUAUCAAAAGCGUAAUGUUCAGCCUGGCAAUUUAGUUCCAGUGAAAUCAACUACCAAUAAUCUCAGGAGCUUAGCUUUGGCUGUUGCAUCGGGUCAGGCUCUCAGCCUCAUGGGCCCCGUAGGAUCAGGGAAGACGUCCCUAGUAGAGCAUUUAGCUGCCAUCACAGGACGCAAAGGCGUGGCUUUCAAGAAAGUACAAUUAGGAGACCAGACGGACUCCCGCAUGCUGUUAGGAGCUCAUCAAUGUACUGAUAUACCAGGGGAAUUUGUUUGGAGACCUGGUGUUUUGACUGAGGCUGUUCAAAACGGUCACUGGCUGCUAUUAGAAGACAUAGACUGCGCUGCAUUAGAUGUCGCAUCAACAUUGAGUUCUCUUUUAGAAAGGAACUCGCUAUGCGUGCCUGGCUAUCGCGAUUCUCUGCCAGUCACACCCGGCUUCCAACUGUUCGUCACACAACGAACGCUGGCGACCAAUUAUGGCUUUCAAAAGAAAAUGUCCAGCUCAAGCACAUUGCUGCAAAAACAUUUAACGCAAAUCAACGUUGAACCGCUAUCGCGCUCAGAACUCGCAGAAAUCAUACAAAAGCUAUACCCAGCGCUUACAACCAUUUGCCCAAGGAUGAUCGAAGUGUUCAUGAUGUUCUCAGUGGGCAGCCAUGACACAUCCUUGCAAGCUACCGAAGUAGUUGAUAGCGAGAAAGAAAAGAAUUUAAUGCUUAUUAGAGGAUCAAGACUGAUUUCAACCAGAGACUUGUUGAAAUGGUGCUCUAGAGCUGUAGUCGGUUUUGACGUGUCCAGUCCUGAAUCUGCGCAAAAAGUCCUUCAGGACGCUUUGGAUAUAUUUACUUGUUCAGUCUCUUCACCUGAACAUAGACUCGAGCUUGCCAAAAAGGUUGGCUUAUGUCUCGGCAUAGUCGAAACAAAAACCGAAUUUUACCUCAAUCAUUACAAGCCAAAUGUGUCACUUACUGCCAACUUCCUAGAGGUUGGUAGGGCUAAAGUGCCAAGAGUAGAGAAAAGCUUAGAAACCACAGAUUUCGGUAAAAAACACACAGUGUUUUCAUUCACGCGACAAUCAGCAUGUUUACUUGAAAAGAUUGCAUGUUGCGUCACAGCUAACGAACCUGUGUUAUUAGUCGGAGAAACGGGUACUGGAAAGACAUCAUCGGUGCAAUACAUGGCUAGGCAAACGGGACAUAAACUCGUUGUCAUCAACAUGAAUCAGCAGUCAGACUCUGCUGACUUACUAGGCGGGUACAAACCCGUCGACCUAAAAUAUAUUAUCCGUCCUAUAAAAAAUCAGUUCGAGCAAAUAUUCCGUAGUUUUUACAACACAGAUAAAAACAAAAAGUUCUUGGGCCACAUCGAUACUUGUUACGAAACGGAAAAUUGGUCGAAUUUGGUGGCGUUGAUGAAGCAAACUUAUAGAGCAGCUAUGGCUAGGCUGUCGGGAGAAAAGCCAGAUAAUAAAAGCAGGCAAUGGGCGUCUUUUGGGCGUAAGCUUGUGAAGUUAGAACAGCAAAUCAAGACAGCAUCGAAGCUUACCUUCGCGUUUAUCGAGGGGUCUUUAGUCAAGGCGAUGCAAGAAGGACAUUGGGUGUUGCUGGACGAAAUUAAUUUAGCGUCCGCAGAAAUUUUGGAAUGCUUAGCUGGUCUCUUAGAAGAUAAAAGCGAGAGCAUAGACCUUUUAGAGAAAGGUGACAAGGUUCCUAUUGAACGACAUCCAGAUUUCACACUGUUUGCUUGUAUGAAUCCUGCCACAGAUGUAGGCAAGAAAGAUUUGCCAGCCGGUCUUAGAAAUCGGUUCACGGAGUUUUUCAUUGACGAGUUAACAGAGAGGAAUGACUUGAUAUUGCUUAUUGGCGAUUACUUAUAUCACAUGAAUCUUGAAAGUGGCAUUUUGGAGGCGAUCUACAGUUUUUACGCCACUAUUAAGAAAGAAGCUAAAUUGAAUCUCGUGGAUGGAUCAGGAAAUACACCACAUUAUUCUCUCAGAACGCUAUGCAGAGCCUUACAAGCGGCAGGAAAAGCAAGAUGUGGGACGGUAACAAGAUCCUUAUAUGAAGCAUUUUGUCUAUCUUUUCUCACGCAGUUGGAUAGGUCAUCGCAUCCCAAAGUGGAAGCUAUGAUUGCCAAGGCAGUAAUCGGGAGGAAGAAUAUGAAAUCGGUUGUAAACCAACUAAUACCUGAACCGCAAUGUAUAGGACACAAUUACUUGCUGUUCGGAGGCCAUUGGAUCCUCCAAGGCAGGCUAGAAGUCGAUGUCCCAGAAGGCUAUAUCCUAACUCCGACAGUCAGAAAGAAUCUUCGAGAUAUCGCACGAGUUAUAUCCCUAGGGCGAUUGCCGGUACUGUUACAAGGUGACACAUCAGUAGGCAAAACCUCCCUUAUAACAUACAUAGCUAGGGCUUCUGGUAAUUAUUGCGUGAGAAUCAAUAAUCACGAACAUACAGAUCUACAAGAGUACAUAGGGUCUUAUGCGACCGACUCUAGUGGCAAAUUAGUCUUCAAAGAAGGAAUCCUGGUGGAGGCGAUGAGGAAGGGUCACUGGAUUAUACUUGACGAGCUUAAUUUGGCACCUAGUGACGUGUUAGAGGCUCUCAAUCGUGUGUUAGAUGACAAUCGCGAAUUGUUCAUACCAGAGACACAAGAGGUUGUCAAAGCAGAUGAUAACUUCAUGCUAUUUGCUACGCAAAAUCCGCCCGGCUUAUAUGGCGGCCGAAAAAUGCUAUCAAGAGCGUUUAGAAAUAGAUUCGUCGAGCUACAUUUCGAUGAGAUACCAAAGCAUGAACUUGAGACGAUUUUGCACCAAAGAUGCCACGUUCCUCCGGCCUACAGUAAGAAAAUGAUCGCAGUUAUGACUGAUCUUCAAUUGAGGCGACGCGGGUCUGCUGCCGUUCAGGGCAAAGACGGUUUUAUAACCCUACGAGACCUGUUCCGAUGGGGCAUGCGGUACAGACGUGCUGCAAGAGAAGUACUUUAUCCAGGCACAUUCUACGAUUGGGAACAGCAUAUAGCUGAUGAAGGGUAUCUUAUCCUUGCUGGAAAAGUUCGACAAACUGACGAAAGAUCCAUAAUUGAAGAGGUUAUUGAAAAACAUAUUAAGAGAAAGGUGAAUCCCGAUAAUCUGUUUUCACUUCACUCUAACACGUCCCCAGUUACCAAGUGCUUAUUGGGGGCCAUCCUGACAACUCAAAUCAAUGAGUUUACUCACGUAGUUUGGACAUUUAAUAUGAGGAGACUUGCAGUUCUGAUAGCAAAGGCUUUCAGUUUCGAUGAACCGGUCUUGCUGGUUGGUGAAACUGGUUGUGGCAAAACAACCAUUUGCCAACUUCUGGCAGCUUUAAAGAAACGUAAGCUACUUUCUGUCAAUUGUCAUAUGCACACCGAGAGCUCAGAUUUUCUUGGAGGGCUUCGCCCCGUUCGCCAAUACAAGAACGACGGCAAACUAUUUGAGUGGGUCGAUGGCCCGUUGAUAAAGGCUAUGGAAAAAGGAGAUAUGUUUCUUGCUGAUGAAAUAUCUCUGGCAGAUGACAGUGUGUUAGAAAGACUGAACUCUUUACUAGAACCUGAAAGACAGCUAGUGUUAGCUGAAAGAGGAAUGGAACAAAACUCUGAUAUAGUUGUUAUUAAAGCGCAUAACAGAUUCCACUUUAUUGGAACCAUGAAUCCUGGUGGAGAUUUCGGAAAGAAAGAACUUUCGCCUGCUCUCCGCAAUAGAUUUACAGAAAUAUGGUGUGACAGCGACACAUCUAAGGAGGAUUUACUGAAAGUCCUAGAGAAGAGUGUCAACAAAGGUGUGUCGCUGGGUAACCAGGAGGACGGUAGUUCAGGAAUCGGCACCUCAAUUCUGAAUUUUACCGAAUGGCUGAAAAACUCAGAAGUUACCAACAAAUUCCCGUUCAGUAUUCGCGACCUGCUAUCCUGGGUGCAUUUUAUCAAUACAACCGUCACGAAAGGUCUUUUGGAAACCCCCGAAGCAUACGUGCACGGGGCCUGCAUGACCUUCCUAGAUUGUUUCGGAACUGCAUUAACUGGGCAUAUAGAUUCCGAGGCCUUGGUCUUAUUACGAACAAAUGCCAUCAACUUUUUGCUAGAGCAAAUCAAAUCAGUUGGUGGCGAGUACAUUGAAAGUCUGCGUGACAUGUUAAGUAAUAAGCAGACUAAAUUCGAAGCCGAAAGUGGUCCCCAUAAGUUCGGAAUAAAACCUUUUUACAUAGAGGUUGGUAAAAGCAGUAGUAUGACAGAGGAAGAACAAAAAUUCUCAUUCACAGCUCCUACAACUGGAGCAAAUACUUUGAGACUGUUGCGUGGAUUGCAACUGAAUAAGGCUAUACUUUUGGAAGGUAAUCCUGGAGUUGGAAAGACGAGCUUAGUAACGGCUCUCGCCAAAUCUUCUGGUCACAAAGUUGUGAGGAUCAAUCUAAGUGACCAAACGGAUAUAACAGAUCUCUUUGGAACGGAUUUACCAACGGAAGAUGGAUCAUUCACUUUCAAAGAGGGAGCAUUUUUGAGUGCCCUACAAAACGGCGACUGGAUUCUAUUAGACGAGUUAAACUUGGCUCCUCAACCAGUUUUAGAGGGACUUAACGCAUGUUUGGAUCACAGGGGAGAAGUGUUCAUUCCAGAAUUAGGGAGAACUUUUAAAGUAAAGGAACAGACAAGACUCUUUGCUUGCCAAAAUCCUCUCAAACAAGGAGGCGCUCGGAGGGGUCUACCCAUCUCCUUCUUAAAUAGAUUCACUCAAGUUUAUAUCGACACCUUAACUAAAGAAGAUCUAAUAUACAUCGUAGAAUCUCAGUACCCAACUAUAACAAAGGAUAUUCUACACAAGAUAGUACAAUUCAAUUGCAAAGUAGCCCAUGAGGUGACGGAGUUACAGUCGUGGGGUCACAGAGGCGCCCCUUGGGAGAUGAACCUGAGAGACAUUCAGAGAUGGUGUGACGCCCUGAUCAAGGACCAAUUAAUGGGAAAGCCUCUUCAUCCAGGUAAAUUCGUAGACAUGCUGUACGUGAAUCGUAUGAGAACUGAAGAAGACAAAAAGAAAAUGAUCGAAAAUUAUGAAAAGAUAUUUACACUUCAGUACCCAAGAAGUGAUUGCCACCCCCAGUUCUAUAUGAACGCCAGACAUAUUUCAAUAGGCGAUGUUCAUUUAGCCCGAGUCGAUCACAAGUUAUUCAAAAACCGAAGAGCAGUUGAAACGAACUUGCUUGUGCUGAGAAAUCAAAUUCCGACUUUGAAAGCGGUAGCUCAAAGUAUCACAAUGAAUUGGUUAACUAUACUGGUUGGGCCUACUGCGACUGGAAAGAGUAGUGUAGUGCAAGUACUCGCUGAUUUGUCUGGAAACGAACUACAAGUUAUACCUGUGACGUCAGCAAUGGAUGUCUCCGAUUUACUCGGAGGUUUCGAACAAGUGGACUUCAAUAGAAAUUUGGAGAGUUUGUUUGAUAAAAUCGAGACUUUGACGAUUCAAACCGUCAGGAACCUGUGGAAUGCCCAAAGACCCUUUGAAUGGAGGUCAAACGCGCUGCUAAGUCAGCUAUACCAGUACAAAUCCUUGCUAUCAACACCAAGCAAUGAAGCCUCUGAAGUUAACAUGAGAAGAUUCAAACAAAAAAUUGAAUACUUAAAGACUCACUGUGAUCGGUUAAUUGAACAUAAUGCUGGGCAAGAAAACAAUAUUACUCCCAAAAUACAAGAAGUUCUGAACAGCUUGAAUAAAUUGCAUCAUAAAGUUUCUCAAGUUACUUCAGUCAACGCCGGAGGGAAAUUCGAAUUUGUGGAUUCGUUGCUUGUAAAAACUAUGAUCGAAGGCUCCUGGCUUCUUCUAGACAAUGUUAAUCUUACAUCAGCAGCUGUUCUGGACAGACUGAAUGGUUUGUUAGAGCCGAAUGGUGUGUUGAGCAUCCCUGAACGAGGUGAACACAGUGAAAUAAAACCACAUCCCAACUUCAGAGUAUUCUUCACAAUGGACCCGAAAUAUGGAGAAAUCUCAAGGGCGAUGAGAAAUAGGGGAAUAGAGAUAUCCCUUCUAAAACCUGAUGAUUGGCAGACAUCUUAUGUGUCUGAAACUGAGAAUUUGUUCGACUUAUCGGCGCUGCUGUCGUCUUGUGGCUUGCCUGUUGAGUACCACGACUUGUGUAUCAAGUGUCAUGAGCUGAUGCAGUCCUUUAUAGAAGGACUCGAUCGUCCAACGAUUUCUCAUUUACUGCAGGCGGCUCAUUUGACCUGGCAGCAAAUACUUCGCGGCAUUUCCACCAAAAUCGCUUUCGUGACGAGCUUCUCUGAUGUCUACAUUAAACCACGAUGUGGCUCAGAUUUCUCAACGAGCGUCAAUGCGUCACUCGCUGAAAAUAAAAACUCCAUGUUAAAGGCAUUGGAAGAAACAAUUGAAGGUGAGGAACAAAUAGAUAAUCGACCCCAACCCCCGAACCUUAAUCACACUCUAAAAGUUAAAGAUUUGUGCUCAAACUCCUUCCUUGCGACCGCCAAGCAACUUGCCUAUAUCGCCGUGCAAGAAACCAAAGAUGGUAAGAUAGAUUCUCCCUUACAUGUGAUCACCAGUUUGUUCACAACAUACCAAAGAGUUCCCCCCGCACUAUACACAAUGACUUAUAACUUCAUCCACAAUAUGAUUAAGAAACAGUGCCGUACUGUGAAUGUUGAGUAUGUCGAUGUGCUCAACGAUACAGCUUUUGAAACUUACAAAUAUUCCGGUGAUCUGAAGUCGUAUAAGAAGUUUUAUCCAGAGUUGUACGAUUUGGACGACGAAGCCAUUCGCACGGGCAAUAAAGAAGCUCUAACGUUGUUUAACAAUCUGAUGAGUUACUAUUUGAAUAGAACCGCACCAGAAGGUGAAUUUACAGUAGCGAAUUAUUCAAAAGCUGUCAUAGGAGGAACAUUAACAGAUGAUUUCGGCGAAUAUCCGAUAUUGAAAUACUGCUUUAGAUACCUUGCAGUCAUUGACGAGUAUAUAAGGAAAUGCAUUGAUUUGUCAGUUGAUUAUCUGGAUGACAGAUCUGUUUGCAGCAUGCUCCAUCUUUUGAGUUGGCGGGACAGGUUCGUGAAAAUAGCGCAUGAACCAAUUUUUGUGACUAAUGAAGCUAGCCGACGCAGAGUUUUAAGGGAAGAUAUCGUCGCUCUUCUGUAUACUCACAGCAAAUGGCUGCAUAAGCGUUUGAUGUUACCCCUGAUGAAAUUAUCACGAGAAAGUGAGAUCGCCAUCAGAAGUUUUAAUGAAGCCACUGCUAAUAUAGCUUUGACCACUGAAAAUGACAACUCAGCAAUAACUAAACUGAGUAAAAGGAUCCGCAAAUUGUAUUGUCAGCCAAAACUAAUGAUGGAUGAAGAAGAAUAUGAAACAAACAUUGAGAGAUCAAACGUUUACCAUAAAGUAACUUUGGACUUGAAUCGGCCUAUUUCGAAGCAGCUCAACUGCCUAGCUGUAGAGAAUUGUGCUGUCACAGAUUUGCAACUGGCACUAGAUGUGCCUGAUACAGACAAAGUUGUCUUGGCCCAAGUGAAUAUAGCCAAGCUUAUUGACAAUAAUACAGUUGAUAAACCAGGACCUGAGAUCCAACUUUUGCCUUUAAUCUCGUAUGUAGUGCAGCGAGUAAUGAUAAUAGUACAGACAGAUUUCUUUAUUGUGGUGUCCCAAUUGAAAAGUAUUGAAAAACCAGUCAGGAUUCUGACAGCAGAUGCUGUAACUGGUUUGGUAAAUUUGGGCAAAGUGACUAAAGCGUUGUCACCAGCUUUCCUCAAUAUUUUGGAACUGUUGCUCAAAUUGAAGGAAGAUGAACUAGGAAUGUGGAGACAUAGAAUAUCGGCACUCCCAGCCAAGUUCUGGGACGAAUUUUACAAGACAUUAGUAUACGCUCCCGCUUACUAUCCGACGCCAUUUUUGAAUCCCCACAUCCCGGGAAGCUCGGAGGACUCUGUCGAAGUAAUUCCUGUGAACAGCAAGAGAUUUUCCAAAAAUAUGCCUUUGUUGCCAUAUUAUCUGCUGAAGUUCACUAUGUCGGUUGACGAAUCAGAAUCACAUCAUGUACUGGCUUAUGAAACAGUGUCGAUGGAGAAGAGGACAGAUUACUCUGUGCAAUUGGGAGCCAUUUUGAAUAUUCUCUGGAAGAAUCUUGCCACCAUAGAUUCGGCAGCUUUGAUAAAAGUUGCAUCCGAUGCCCAAUUCGAGGUGAAGAAAUUCGAGCAACUCAUAUAUUAUAUCUACAACGCUCUCGAUAUGAGAGGCGAGAACUCAUUCGAUUACACUAUCAAGCGCAGUAUCGAUGUGCUGCGCAUUCGUCACAAAGACAGCGGCCUCGAUGACAUACUCACUGAAGGUUACGACAUACACAAGAAAAUCAUGAACAUGGUACAUAGCAAAACUCAUGACGAAAGAACCAAGAUAUUAACAGCACAAUUAUCUCUUCUAACGAGCUUUAUUAUGAGUAAAUUGAUGUCUGAAAUCAAACAGAUGGAUCACGUGACUAAGUAUCGUUUGAAAAUAAAAUAUAUCGAAGAGGAUAUCAGGUUAUUCGAUGCCCUUUUGGGCGCUUUUUACUUCCAUGGUCUGGUAACUGGGAAUAUCACCCAUCAGGGAACUAUUGACAAGCCUUCUCAGGUGGUUUAUAGUAAGUUGAAGCCAGAUUGCGGGAUAAUGAACGUGCAUCCCCAUUGUCACGUAAUUAGGGCGUACAGAGAGGCGACCGCUGAACGUAUUGCGAAGUACAAGCUUGGAAAUACAUACAGGCCUAACGAACCGACUUACGAUAGUUUUGCAAAUGAAUGCAGACAUUUCGUCAAAUCAGUACUGACAGCUAAAACGGUACUUGAAAUUACUAAGAACUUGCUGAACACAAGCAAGAAUCUUUAUAAAGAGAUAGUUAAAAAGUCUGAUACCGCGGCCGUGAUCCGUGCAGCGCAAUCAGUGGUCAAAGAAACUCAGUCUUGGCUGUUUUCAGUCAACGCGUUUUACAGGAAAAUUAACAUUUACAGCGAAGCUAUACCUGACUUGACAAAGCAGUUACAAAGUGCUUUAUCUCAGCUCAUUUAUAGUACGACUAAUAUGAAUGAUUUGAUCAGUGAGUUAAUGGUCAAAGUUGAGGUAGGACAGAAUCUUAAUCGGGUCGUCGCCGAUUUGAUGGUGUUCCCCAAUGGUAUAAGGAGUUUGAAAAUGAAAGAGGAUUAUUUGAGUCGAUUCCUGUCGCAAAGAUUUGUGCAAAUGUUGAAGCGCAGUGUGUAUGCUGUUAACAAUGACAUGUCUGCUGUAGAUAUGGCGAAUAUCCAAGUUCUAAAAAUGAAUCUAGCCGAGAUCCGCAUGUAUUGCACAGCGCUGGAUGCAAUCGACCCGACUAUGAUGAAUACUAUGAUGAUCACACUGGACGCCAUAGUGCAAGCCUGGGAGGAACAACAGCGAGAGAUCGAGAAGAAGAAACAGGAUGACGAGGCGUUGUAUAUUACUAAAUCCAAAUGCGAAGAUGAAGACGAAGACGCAAUGGCUCGCGAGGAGAUAUCAGAAAUGUUCCCGUCUUAUUCCGACCAAGAUUUCGCCGAAUUCAAACCCCCAACAUUAGAACAAGUACCAAUAAAACAUAGCACUGAAAAGCCUAAACUAAAACUCCUUGUAACUCCUGAAGAUGUAUCUCUGGUUUACAAAUGGCAUUCGAAUGUCGUUCGCAAUAUGACGUUAGCGGAAUGGUUACCCGCCCGAAAGAGCGUGGUCGGUAAUGAUGUUAUCAGUGCGUUUGUUCAGAGGUAUCCCAUAUUUAGUAAGAUGACUUAUAAUAUGUGGCAAGGAUUGGAUGCGGAGAUUGAGGGUGCUAUUUCUCCCGGUUUGAUGUUACUUGUUGCUCAGAUAAAGGCGAAGGUCGAUGGAGAGGAGUCUUCAAGCAAGGUAGAUUUCUACAGAUCCGCUUGGGUCUCUGAGACAAAACAAUGCGUACCGUUACUGCAUAGAGUGAGGGAUAAUACCAACGAACUGCUGGCUCAAUGGCCUGAUUUCCCCACUUUGAAAGAGAUAAUGAUAAUUGUAAACAGAAUCCUAAGCUUCCCAGUGACGAGUCCUGUCAGUCGUUUUCUCACUGGCUUAGAGUUACUUCGGGAUAAAAUCGAGGAGUGGAACAAAAAUGCCCAUAAGGGCAACAAUAUGAUCGAAGUAUCUUUAGCCGUGGGACAACAGAUUAUAAACUGGAGAAAAUUAGAAAUGGCUCAUUGGAAGGAGUGUUUGAAUAACCUGUAUCAUCGGAAACAAGCCGAAGCCCACAAGUAUUGGUUCUACCUUUACUCCGUAAUCAAAACCUACUUGAAUGAAAUGACAUCAGACCCGGUUGAAGCUGAUCGCGUCAUAUCUGUGCUGAAAGACUUCAUGGAAAAGUCUAACUUGGCCGAGUAUGAAAUACGACUGGAUAUCAUAUUCGUGUACCACUGCCAUUUGGUGCAUAUGAAACCUACUGAUAGACGAGACGAACUAAUCUCAAUCCUAUGGAACACAUACAACUACUACGCACAAUUCAGUGCUCAAGUAGCUGCCCACAUCAAAGAGAAACGAGCCCCCAUAGAGAAGAAGUUGCGUGAUUUCGUCAAGAUCUGCACGUGGGACCGUGACCUUAGUUACUGGAGUGUAAAGGACACGGUCGAGAAGGCUCAUAAGGCGCUUCAUAAGCAUACCAAGGAGUUUGAGAAUGUUCUCAAAGAGAGCGUAACAAGCUGUCUAGUAGACCACUCGACAGAAGUAGUAGGGGAUCAUGUCGGCCUAUGGGACCGGCCCAAGCGGACCACCACCACUGCGCCGACUGGGGGCGCUUACAUGAUCGACGUGCUCAACCAUAUUGUGCUGGCUAGGAAUAUUAAGCAGAUGCAGAAAUUCUUGGAUGAAAUUGAUCGGCCUUGUGGAGCUGUCACGGAGGGCAGUCUAUUGUCAAAAUCGUCGUCUUUACUGAAUAAAGCGAAGUCGCUGUGUAAGGAUACUAUUACGAAUACUGGGUACCCGUCGCUUGUGCAAGCAUUGGAUGAUUUUGUCACUGUCGUCAUUGAGACUAGCACCCACUUGGGGUCUUUGGAGGUUGACAGCACCCUUCCCAAGGAAAAACAGCAAUCUCAAGCGAAGAACUUCGUGCAACAAAAGCGCAAAGCUCUCGCCGAUCUAUUCAAGUAUUUAACUAAACUCGGCCUAAACUACCGCACUGGUUUAGUCAUACUUAAUGCGGCUGAUAAGGAAUUGUAUGAUUUUACAAUACCGCCCGUGGAUUUGGAAGCCGCUAUGGGCUAUUUGAAGGGCAGACGUUGCGACGCCUCCCUCUUGCUCCUAUGGUCUGGUUGUGAGAAGUACUUCCAGAAAAACAUAGCUCGGCACAGGAUCCUAACCCAGGCGUUACAAUCACCACAUCAAGACUUAGGUCUGCAGAACAUUGAGCGGUGCAAAGGAUUUGCCGCCCAGUUACUGAAAAUGACGAAUGUUCAAAAAAAAUCCAUCUCGAAAUAUUCGCGAUACCUCUGCGAUUUGCGCAAUAUCACAACAAACUUAAUGAACGCUCUCGAAAUCGAUAACACAGAGAGUAACAUAUCCAAGGUUAACACUAAGAUUGCAAUGAUCAAUGAAUGUUAUGCCAACGCUGGCAUUGUUCUAGAACAAUUCUACUUAGUCCUAAAAUCUUUCCCCGAAAAGGGACUUAACGUUGAAACAGAACCACAUUUUGAUAAUGUUCUAUCACACUCCAAAGUUGUUUGUUGCUCCAAAAAUAGUGACGAAUGGCUUGAGCUGAAGAAGAAAAUAAGCAUUCUCAUACAUAAUGUUAAUAAGCAGAAGGCUGCGUUACAAAAGAUUAUUAAAACCAUGCCUAAAGAAAUUGGCGAUGAUGAUAUAGUAAGCAUUGAUUUAAUCUCUCAAGCCCAUAUUGAUCUAGCACAACAUUGUACGACCAAUUUGAUAAACAUGAUCAACGAUAUCCAAGGCUUGCUCCAAGACUAUCAUUUUAAAAUUAAUCUUGACUCCUGUCAACCAACCCCAUCCCACCCUCUUGUGAAGAGCAUUAUAAAACUAUCGAGUUACUUAAAGUUAACUGUCAAUGAACUCUUCAAAAUGGAUGAAAAAGUUGAUAAGCCUGAAGAGCAACCGGACGAAACAGAGGUGCUAACUAGCCAUGAUAUUGUUGUUCAAACUGAAGAUUUGAUAGCAACCAUGCUCCUCAUUAUACAAUCGUUGUACAAGAAACAUUUGCCGGAUGACACCGCAGAAAACGCAGAAGUUAUAAAAGCUAUCGAUGAAAUUAUAAGGUGCGAAAAAGAGGAAUCCCAAGAUAUAGUUGAAGACAAACAUCUGAAAGAACGUUUACAAGACAAUCUAGCAAAUGACACAAGAAUGUUGCAAUUACAAAGAUUGGUAUAUAAAUCACAGAUAUUACUUGCUAAUUACACCAAAUAUAUGGUCAAUGGUAAUGAUAUGACUGAAGUGAGGAAUGUGGUGAUGAGGUUGGUGCCAAUAUUGGAACAAACUAUGUUGUUUGUCCAAUACUUCAUCACGCAGAAAGUGGCUGUGCACAGAGUAUCGUGUAAAAUGCUGUCUGUGUUGCUGAAGAUAUUCUCGGACCUGGCUUCUAAAGGUUUCUGCAAGCCCGGAGAUCUGGAUAUGGAAGAAGGCGAGGGCGAAGGAGGUCCCGGUAAACUGUCGGGAGGCAUGGGACUCGGAGAGGGAGAGGGCCAAAAGGACGUCUCCGAUAGAAUCGAAAAUCAGGAUCAACUAGAUGACGCCCGUCGUCCAGGUGAAGAGAAGAACGAAGAAAAUAGAGAUUGUAAAGAGGAAGAGAAGGGAGUCAACAUGACUGAUGACUUCGAUUCACAUCUGCAGGAUGUUGAUAAGAAAGAAGGUGAACAAUCAGAACAAGAGAAUGACGAAGAUGACGCUGACAAACAAAUGGGUGAAACCGACAAUGCCGCUGAAAAACUUGACCAACAAAUCUGGGGCUCAGAAGAUGAAGAAGAAUUAGACGAGGAACAAGGUCAGAAGAAGGACAAAGAAGAGAAAGGUAAAGGUGAAAGCACGGGCGAGAAAGAAAUGUCUGCCAAAGAUAAGGAAGAAGAACAAGGUACCGAUGACGGCGCUGAUGGCAAAGAUAAGAAGCAGAAGAAAGAUAUCAAUGAGAUGGACGAACAAGAGGUUGAUGAUGAUCAUACUGAUGCUUAUCAUGGAAACCAACCGAAUUAUCCUGAGCCCGAAGAUUUCGAGCUGCCUGAGAAUAUGGACGCGGAAGGUGAAGAGCCUGGGGAUGAUAAUGAGGGUGAAACAGAAACUGAGAAUCCAUUUGACAUCGACGUAAUGAAAGAGAAUUUACCCGAAGAGGAGCAAAAGGAAGGGGAUGAUAAAGGUGAAGAUGGUAAAGAUAAUAACAACGGUCUCGAAGUGUCCAGUGAUGAGGAGGACGGAGGGGAUAAGGAGGGAGAUGAGAAGGAGGGCGAAGAAAAGGAUGGUGGAGAUGAUAAGGACAAAGAAGAGGACCCCGAAAAGCCAGGGCAAGAAGAAACUCCUCAAGAAGAAGAGGAGAAAGAUGGUGCUGAAAAAAUGGACACAGACGAUCCAGCCGACCAAGAACAGACAGAAACUCCUAACCCCGAACAAGACGAAAAAGAAGAAUUACCUAAAAACCCUGACAGUAUCAACGAAGAUGAUGAAGUAGAACAGAAGAAUCAAGAAGCUAAUCCUCAGGCUAAUCCGUCGAACAAUGAUCCGACUGCAGAAGAUAGGGCGGAGAAUGCACAAAUGGAUAGAGGCACGGAUGAUAACGUUGAGACUAAUGCUGAACAAGCAAAGGAUGAGGAGAGUGAACCUGUUGAACAAACCCAAGAGCAAGUUGGCGAAGAAAAACAAUCUACAGGUCGAUCAGAACUCGACGACAGUGACAAAGGUCACCGCGGACAGAAGCAAGCGGCCAGUCGCGCCGACCGCUCGCAGGAACAACAAAAGAAACACGAGAAUAAACCCGGCAAGACUGACCAGGAGAGAACUCUCGGUGAUGUAAACGAGAAGAAACACAAACAGUCUCGCACGCUUAACGUGGAGCGUGAAGAGGACGCGGAAGAUGGCGGUGACAAUGACGAAAAUGCUGACAAGGACGCCGAUGCCUUCCAACACGUUAAGCAAGCUAAGAAAGAUGAUUUGCAGGCAUUAGACGCGGCCACAAAAGAGCAGGCUGAUGAACAGCCGACAUUGCAACAAGAACAAGACGAUCAAGAGGCUGAGAGGCCUACAGAAGACGAAGAUGUCAGCAUGGCCGUUGAUGAAGAAGAAUUGCAGGUCGAAAAAGCCGAAGAACUAAAACCAGAGAAAAUGAAUGAAGGCAAAGAUAAGGAAGAAGAUAAGCCGGGUAGUAAGAAAGAGGGCGGGGACGAGGCUACUGGCGAGACUGGCAUCGAAGUGGAAGGAGAUAGGGUGGUCACUGAACAAGUGCCGAGGGGAUCUGAUACUACUUACCAUACUAGGGUGAACACCUCCCAAGUGCAGUCUGAAGAUUUAACCAUGGAGGAAUACAUGAGCAUCCGUCAGUGGCUGCAGAGUGGGCCGACUCAGGGCAGCAGCUCGGCGGGGGUGUGGCGGUCGCUGUGGCGCGACUCGUCGGCCGCGGCGCGAGCGCUGUGCGAGACGCUGCGCCUCGUGCUCGAGCCCACCGCCCGGUCCAGGAGAGCUGGUGACUUCCGAACGGGCCGCGCGAUCAACAUGCGCCGCGUCAUCCCGUACAUCGCGUCUCACUUCAGGAAGGAUCGCAUCUGGCUGCGACGCACCAAGCCCGCUAAGCGCGAGUACAAGAUCGCUAUAGCGGUCGACGAUUCUAGCUCCAUGUCAGAUAAUAGGAGCAAGGAGUUGGCGUUUGAGAGUCUGGCUCUUGUGUCGCAGGCAUUGAACCUUCUCGAAUCCGGCGACCUAGCCGUCCUCAGUUUCGGCGAACAACCCAAUCUUCUCCACCCAUUCACCGAACAAUUCUCCGAACAUUCCGGCUCGAAGAUUCUAGAACAAUUGCGCUUCGAACAAACGAAGACUAGGAUUGCACAACUACUUGAUUUCUGCACUGUUUUGUUCGAAGAACAAGCCGUUAGAAGUGAUGCGCUGAACGCUAAGCUUCUUGUAAUUGUCAGUGAUGGCAGAGGCAUUUUCUCUGAAGGAGAAACCAGGGUGGUGCACGCUGUGAGGAGGGCUAGACAACAGGGAAUAUUCUUGGUUUACGUGAUCAUUGAUAACCCGGAUAAUAAGGAUUCAAUCAUGGACAUCAGACGCCCUAUGCUAGAUCCCAGGACGAACGCGCUGACGGGCUUCGUAUCGUACUUGGACACAUUCCCGUUCCCCUUCUACUUGAUCCUCCGCGAUAUGUCCGCCCUGCCCAAAGUGCUCGGCGACGCUCUCCGACAGUGGUUCGAGCUGGCCGCUAAUACUGCCAACUAAGAUAUUAUAGUCAUUUAGAUAUUAAGAAAUAUACUUAUACAAUCACGCCCUUAUCAUAUUGGAUAGGCGAUAUUAACAUAGGUGUCUAUUUAACCAAUUUUUGCUGAAAUUGCUCAAUGUUAGUAUUGAAGUAUUCAUAUCAUGUUUAAAUGUCUCCAUUAUAUUGAUAAAUCAAUGUUGUAUUCCAUAGAAUUAAUUCCAUAAUCGAUUUCAAAGAUACAUUUUGUCAUUAACUUAAUAAUAAUUACGAUUAAUCUCCAUUCAUAUUCAAUGUGUAGCCCGUUUCAUUGCUAUUGGAUGUUCAAAGGAAGUUACCAGCCGAACAAACGGCAUUGCAAGUAUAAAUGAGUCUAGAAAAAGUGAAAUAGGGCCUUUAGUAUUAACAAUAGAACAUAGUAACCAGUGUCGCUAUACAAGACACAUUUUGUCAUUUCUCUUUUAAAAUUAAUCAUACAUUUACAAACAGUCAAUUGGAUUCGAGAUCAAUCAUGAGUAGGAUAAGCUAAAAUGAUAUUAAAAUAAGUCAAUCAGGACUUAAAAAACUUUUGAAAGGUGUGCUUGUAUCGAACUGUGAUUUGAGGACUGGUAAACGACUGCUAUAAGCAAAAUUACUUUACAUACGUAUUGUAUGACCUUUUGGAAAUAAAUGUUGUCUGACAAA